CAGAACAACCUAUGAGAACAACACGACAGUAAAAUAGGUCAUCUCCAGUUUACCGUCAUGAUACCCCCAGCCGACUCGUUAGUGAAAUAUGACAACCCACUUUUGGUGAGCAAGAAUACAGAAAAGAAGUCUCCAAAGGCUCGUCCCCUGAAAGUCAGUCCUCAGCAACAGGUCGUCACAGGUCCAGUUCCUCCUCCACCUAAACCAAAGACCCCAACAGCUGAUGCCACUAAGCAACAAACAGAAGAAAUUCUUAAUUCCAUCCUUCCACCCAGGGAAUGGAUGGAAAACAACCAGCUGUGGGUGCAACAGGUGGCCAGCACGCCCUGCACACGCAUGGAUGUGGUGCACCUGCAGGAACAGCUGGACAUGAAGCUGCAGCAGAGGCAGGCCAGGGAGACAGGCAUCUGUCCUGUUCGCAGAGAGCUCUACACGCAGUGCUUUGAUGAACUCAUCAGGCAGGUCACAAUAAACUGCUCUGAGAGGGGGCUGCUACUGUUGCGGGUUCGAGAUGAGAUCCGCAUGACCAUUGCUGCUUACCAGACACUGUACGAGAGCAGCGUGGCUUUCGGCAUGAGGAAAGCUCUGCAGGCUGAGCAGGACAAGUCUGACACGGAGAAGAAGAUCGCAGGCCUGGAGAUGGAAAAGCGGGACCUGGAGAGGCAGGUGAACGAGCAGAAGGCCAAAUGUGAGGCCAUCGAGAAGAGAGAGGCGGAGCGGCGGCAGGUAGAGGAGAAGAAGCACACAGAGGAGCUCCAGUUCCUCAAGCGCACCAACCAGCAACUCAAGACCCAGUUGGAAGGAAUCAUCGCUCCAAAGAAAUAAUAAUCCUGUGUUGGACAUUGAAGUUGCUGUUUGAUGAAGCCCUGCACAUAACUGUUCUUUCAAUGCAUAUUCAUGAAAAUAUACACUUCCAAAGCCAAAAUCUUUCUUUUGCAGUAAAGAACAUUGAAUAAAAAAAGUCAGUUGCC